AUUUGUAUUGUUAUAUCAAACUAACGGUUUAUUUAAGACAAACAACAAACCAUUUGUAUUACUUGUAGUCAUAAUAUGUUUAUUUUGUCACUAAUGAGUCUUAUAAUUGUGACAUUUGUUACGAUUAUCAUCAGUAGACAAGUGAUGUCAGAGAGUGAUGAAAAAACAGCCUUUGGUUUCGACCGCUUGGAACCCAUUAACUGUGAUAUCAAUGUCUAUGAAUUUGUAGGCAAUGUCUUGGAUUGUACAUCACUUCGAUGGUCUAACAUUGAUAAUAACCCGUCCAUUGAAUGUUGCAAAUCAGUCGAAACUAAAUGCAUUUUGAUUCGUGAGGCACUUAUUCGUUGCGAUAUUCCCGACAAAGACUUUUAUUCUACCAUUCAGUAUGAAAUUAGACGUGUUUUGGACAAUGGUUUAUGCGAUAAGUUGUCUAAUACAGGAUAUGAUAAGUGCUAUAAACAGGUCUUACCCAAUGCUACCCAAUCCGAUCAAUGCAACCAAUAUAUACCGUGCAAUGCAAAUGACAUUUACGAUAAUCCGUUUCCAAAGAGAGUUAAAUCACAAAAAAUCAAUUCAAGUCUUAGUUUUCUUUGGAUAUUAAUCGUCAUUCUUCUGAUAUUAGUACUGAUCUCUGCCUUGACUUUCAUUGUCUUUAGAUAUAUCAAAACUGAAAGUGUAUCCAAACCUUCUCGUCAGUCGUCAAAUAAAUUGUCGCCCAAGAGAUCAGUUGAGCGAUCAGUUGAGCGAUCAGUUGAGCGAUCAGUUCGGUCCAGAAUUUAA